UAAACCGAUAAAGAACAAAAAAAAAAUCGAAAUAAGGGAAUUCCUUCUUUCUUUUUGUCAAUUAACUCAUAUGUAAUCAUGUCAGUUUGUUGAGUCAUUUGCGAUAAAAAAAAAUCCAAUAAACUGUAAUAAAAUAAAGAAUAGCAAAACAAUGAAACAAAUGCAUUGGCGGAUAUGUCGCCAGGCUUGGGUCUUAUCGGUGGUGAUAAUAUAAAAUACACAGUCCGUAAGAUAAGCUAUCCCCCCGCUAACCCUGGAAAGCUAACGUAACCAGGAAGGGACCACCACAUCAUCGAUUUUGAUUACUGUUGCAAACAUCGAUCCGUAGUGGCAGGGGAAACGAAAGAGAAGCGAACGUUGCACGCGGCUGUGAAUGUUUGAAAAGUUUUCUUGACCAAAAAAGGAAGCAGCUGCGUUAAAGCCAAGGAUAUUAGUAAUUUCUUCCUUCCAGAGGUUGAUAGUAGUUGGUGAAAAAGUUGGAGGAAAUAGUGAUUAAAAGCAAAGGACCAAGUUAGUUACACGGUGGAUUUACACAAAACAGCAGCAGCAGCAGUGUUGUGAAGAUGUCGUUUCGUGUGGUGAGAAGUUCCAAGUUCCGGCACGUGUUUGGGCAGGCGCUAAAGCGCGAACAGUGCUACGAUAAUAUACGCGUAUCGAAGAGCAGCUGGGACUCGACGUUCUGUGCGGUUAAUCCGAAAUUUUUGGCCAUCAUUGUUGAGUCAGCUGGUGGUGGUGCCUUUAUCGUAUUACCACACAACAAGGUCGGACGGAUCGCGGCGGAUCAUGCACUGGUCGGAGGACACAAGGGCCCCGUGCUGGAUAUUGCCUGGUGUCCGCACAAUGACAAUGUCAUCGCAUCUGGGUCGGAAGAUUGCGUUGUGAAGGUGUGGCAAAUUCCGGACGGUGGACUAUCACGUACACUCACCGAGCCGGUAGUAGACUUGGUAUACCAUCAGCGCCGUGUAGGACUCGUCCUUUGGCAUCCCUCCGCGCUGAACGUACUGCUGACGGCCGGCUCGGACAAUCUGAUUGUGGUUUGGAACGUCGGUACCGGUGAGGUGCUAGUGCGAAUCGACUGUCAUCCGGAUACGAUCUACAGUGCCUGCUGGAACUGGGACGGUUCGCAGCUGGUAACGACGUGCAAAGACAAGAAGAUCCGCAUACUGAACCCCCGCAACGGGGAGGUACUGAACGAAGCACUCGCACACGAAGGUUCGAAGGCAACGCGUGCCAUCUUCCUGCGACACGGACUGAUCUUCACGACCGGUUUCAAUCGAUCAUCCGAGCGACAAUACUCGUUGCGGGCACCGGACGCAUUGGGCGAUCCGAUCGUAAUGGUCGAUCUGGACACAUCGAACGGUGUGAUGUUCCCGCUGUACGAUCCGGACACGAAUCUGAUCUACCUGUGCGGCAAGGGUGACUCCGUUAUUCGCUACUUCGAGGUAACGCCCGAACAUCCGUACGUGCAUUACAUUAGCCAGUUCCAGACGCCGGAUUCGCAGCGAGCCAUCGGCAUGAUGCCAAAGCGUGGUUGUGACGUGAGCACUUGUGAGGUGGCCCGUUUCUACCGACUCAACAAUAGUGGCCUGUGCCAGGUGAUUUCGAUGACGGUACCGCGCAAAAGUGAACUAUUCCAGGAGGAUCUCUAUCCGGAUACGCUCGCGGACGAGGCUUCGAUAUCGGCCGAAGACUGGAUCAGCGGUGUUGAUACCGAUCCGCAGCUUAUCUCGCUAAAGGAUCGUGUCUUUCUCGUACAGGGUGGCUACGUGUCGCAGGCCCAAAGCACCACACUGACGGUGACGAAGAAGUCGAACGUGCUGGACAAGAUGGCACCGAAGAGUGGCGGUCCGAAGUCGUUGUCGGCAUCGACCGGUGGAUCGGCGGGUGCAUCGGCCAACGGUUCGCCGGUAACGGUCAACAAUGGGACCGGAGCUGGCGGUGGAGGUAGCACAUCACCUGCCAACAACGGAACGCAACAGAUCACAAUCGGAGGUGUAUCGGAACAACAGUUUGGUGAGCUGAGGACAAAGUUCGAAGAGGAAUUCCGCAAGCUGAAGGCAAUCAUCGUGAAGCACGAAAACCGAAUCCGCUCGCUGGAAGCUACGGUCAAAGCAAUGACGGACCGGGGGCUGACGGAACUGGACGGUGGACUCGCACCUGCUGUCGCCGCAUCGGCCGGCACCUCGCCUUCACCAGCACCUUCCUCGUUGCCACCCGCGUCCGACGAUGGUACGCAACCGCCGGCAGCCGGUGGAGGCGAUGGUGGUGGCCACUACCGCAACUCAACCCUCGAGCCGGACGAAGUUUAAAGCCAAAAACUUCGGCAGUGCUGACAGCGUAAAUUAGGCGCGAAGCAACAUUAGAGAGAUGGCACUGAACAUCCUCUCUAUUUGUUUUUUUUACUUCCUUGUGCGUCGUAUGGCAUCGUAGCCUAACGAUUCUGCCGAUUUCCUUUUUUCGGCAAUACGGGGAAACAUUGCCAAUAACCACAGAACAACGCGCAACAAAUCGCCUACACGCGCAUCCUUAGUCUGCAUUCUUGUUGUGGCUUAUACAAAACGGAUUAACACCAUUAAAGCGAAUAGGCGCAGUGAUUGAUGCCAACCGAGCCAAUAUUGAGAAUGAACAAAACAAAAACACACAAAUGCCUUCAAUAUGGAUAGAACAAAAAAAACAUGCUUAAAGCAGCUGCGAUAAAAGAAAAAAGAUUUUGUAUUUGUGAUGUAUGUUUUUUUUAUACAUAUACAUCAUUACGUUACUAACCGUUUUGCUAUGGCCCGCGCCUUCCUUUCCUUUUCUCGUGUAUCCUUUUACAUCUCUUGCUAUGUAUAGUGAGAGGGCCGUGCAAAAAAUUACAAAAAAAAACAAAAGGCUUCCUACGCAUACAUCGGGGUACAAUAAUCGCAUAAUGUCUCCUCGUGUUUAACGCUUCACCAUUAUGGUGAUGCAUUGUGCUCGCUUGCAAUGGAAUCAGCCGGCACCGAACAACACGCAACAAAGAGUAAUACAGAAUGGCAUUACUACUAGCUAAGGCAUACGUACUAGAGGAGUCU